AUGCCUGCCCCAUGGACCAUCUGCAGCCUGCUGCUGCUCAGCGUGCUCUGGCUGGACUUGGCCAUGGCGGGCUCCAGCUUUCUGAGCCCCGAACAUCAGAAACUGCAGAGAAAGGAACCUAAGAAGCCAUCAGGCAGACUGAAGCCCCGGGCCCUGGAAGGCCAGUUUGACCCGGAGGUGGGAAGUCAGGCGGAAGGUGCAGAGGACGAGCUGGAAAUCCGGUUCAACGCCCCCUUUGACAUUGGGAUCAAGCUGUCAGGGGCUCAGUCCCUCCAGCAUGGCCAGACGCUGGGGAAGUUUCUUCAGGACAUCCUUUGGGAAGAAGCCGACGAAACCCUGGCUGAUGAGUGA